AUGUUCGGCCCCUUCCGUCUCACAAACCCGCUAUCCGGUGGCUUGCUCUGGAAAAUCCCCUGGCGCCUGUCCCGCCACCAGAAGUACCGACAGCGCGAGCGCCUACGAAACGUUGACGGCAUUGUUGCGACACUCGACAAUGCGCUGGCAAGGACGGGACUGAGCAUGAAGAAGGUCGACAGGUGGAAGAUGGAGAUGCCUACUGAGCAGGAAAUGCUGCCAAAGGACAAAUACACAGUAUUUGACAGGAAAGUGAAGAGAUACAGGAAGGGAAUCCACAAGGUACCAAAGUGGACAAGAGUCAGCCAGAGACUUAACCCUCCUGGUUUCUGA